UCUAUUGUCUGUUGACUCUCUCUCUCUCGACUACACACAGAGAAGAACCUCAAGGACUCCAACUAGAGAGACAGAGAGAUGAAGGUGGUGGCUUUAGUCAGUGGCGGAAAAGAUAGCUGUUAUGUCAUGAUGAAGUGUAUCCAGUACGGUCACGAGAUCGUGGCAUUGGCGAACUUGUUACCAGUUGAUGAUUCUGUCGAUGAACUAGACAGCUAUAUGUAUCAAACAGCUUUAUGAAACAGACUAGCCGAAUGUGCGGAUUUAAUGGGUGGGCGAAGCUAGUUUUGACUUUGGAAAUUUGGUUCAAAUCGGGUUGGCCACCAGAUUAUUGUGAGCUAUGCAGAGUGCAUGAAUGUGCCAUUGUUCAGAAGGAGAAUCAGAGGUUCUUCCAGGCAUCAGAAGCUUAGCUACCAAAUGACACCAGACGAUGAAGUGGAAGAUCUGUUUGUUUUGUUAAGUGAAGUGAAGAGACAGAUACCUUCCAUCACGGCAGUAUCGUCUGGCGCCAUUGCAUCAGACUACCAACGUCUGCGUGUGGAAAGUAUUUGUUCAAGGUUAGGUCUUGUUUCUUUGGCGUUUUUGUGGAAACAAGAUCAGACUUUACUUCUUCAGGAAAUGAUAGCUAAUGGGAUCAAAGCUAUUCUAGUAAAGGUGGCGGCAAUAGGGUUGGAUCCUUCUAAGCAUUUAGGGAAAGACUUAGCCUUCAUGGAGCCAUAUCUUUUGAAGUUAAAAGAGUUAUAUGGAAGUAAUGUUUGCGGUGAAGGAGGAGAAUAUGAGACUCUGACUCUCGAUUGCCCGCUUUUCACUAAUGCGAGAAUCGUGCUUGAUGAAUUUCAAGUUGUGCUACACUCUCCAGAUUCUAUUGCACCUGUUGGAGUUCUUCAUCCAACGACCUUCCAUCUCGAAAAGAAAGACUCUAAUUCUCUUGAGAAGAAGGAACCAGGUUUGGUGUUUGAGGUACAAGGAGAUGGUCCCAACACACCAGAAUCUACUCGCCAACCAGAUAAUGGAACCGUGGAACAUACAAGAAACAGAGUUAGCUUAUCAAAGACCGGGAAAGAAAACACAUUCUCCAUCUGCUGCUGGCUGGAAGAUUCUAGUCAAUCUUCCACAGGUCUGAGAGAAGAUCUUGAGACCGCUCUUAAAGAAACCGAGUCUCAGCUUCUGAAACAAGGAUUCAACUGGCAGAACGUCUUGUACAUUCAUCUUUACAUCUCUGAUAUGAGUGAGUUUGCCGCAGCCAAUGAGACGUAUGUGAAGUUUAUCACACAUGAGAAGUGCCCUUUUGGUGUUCCUUCACGUAGCACAAUAGAGCUUCCUUUGGUACAAGCUGGUCUUGGAAAAGCUUACGUUGAGGUUUUAGUGGCAAAUGACCAAAGCAAAAGGGUUCUCCAUGUGCAAAGUAUCUCCUCCUGGGCACCUAGCUGCAUCGGACCUUAUAGUCAGGCGACUUUGCACAAGGGUGUUCUUCACAUGGCUGGUCAGUUAGGGCUUGACCCUCCCACGAUGAAUCUUAGAAACGAAGGCGCAGUUGCUGAGCUGAAUCAAGCAUUGACGAACAGUGAGGCGAUAGCUGAGGCUUUUAGAUGCUCAAUCUCUUCAUCAGCUCUUCUCUUUGUGGUGUUCUGUUCAGCACGCACGGAGGAAUCAGAGAGGAGCCAACUUCAUGAGAAGUUUCUUUCUUUCUUAGAUUUGGCAAAGUCUUCUCGGAGGGUCCUUGAUCCUAUCUUCCUUUACAUCCUUGUCCCUGAUCUUCCAAAAAGGGCUCUUGUUGAAGUAAAACCUGUCUUAUACGUUCAAGAAGAUUCAGAGACCGACGAUGAAACAAGACAAGAUCAGUUUGGUGAAGGAGACUACGGCUGUUGGGGGUAUAAGCCAGAGGAAUGGCACCAAGACUGUGUGCAGAAACGAGUUGUUGAUGGGAAAAUAUGUGUGACCAUUCUCUCCAUCUCAACCGAAGUGAUGAAGAAGCUUCAUGAACCUAAAGAGGAACAACAACUGGAGAGAGUAACGAGAUUUUGUGUAUAUCUUCUCAACAAAACCUUGUAUGAAAAUUCAUUCUCUUGGAAUGACACUACGAGCUUGAGGAUACAUUUCUCUACAAGUCUAGGUGUGUCCGUAAAGAGAUUAUUCAACGUUUUUGAAACUGCAUUCAAAGAGCUUAACGAGAUGAGCCCUGAAGGUAGAGUCGCCAAAGAACCUAUAUUCAAUCUCGUCCCGGUCCUUGGUGCUGGAAACUCUUCUGCUUCGCUCGACAACAUAAUCACAUGUGAACUAUUUUCCCUAAGGUCGUAACUUUCCUUAUCUCACAAGAAACACAAAACUUUACUUUUAUCAUCUUUAAGCAGACUCUCCUCUUCAAUGGGUUUCCACUGAACAAGUGCCUUACCUGCCGUUAGCCACUUGAAUGGCACAAUUUUUUGGGCUCUCGUUUCAUUAUCGUAUGAACAAUAUGUAGUUGUGUUUUGUUUACAAUGAAAAAAACCACACCAUGUUUGUUUUGUUUAAUAUGGUUAGUGCAAAACUGCAGAGGUUGCAGUAUUCUGAAUCAAGGAUAUUAUUUACUCUU